AGGGCUUGUACGAACUUAUCCACCAAGCUGUCAAAGAGUCAGGGCAUGGAAAUGAAGUAGUGCAGCCAUGAUAAACUGCAGUAGGAUCACCCCAUAUUCCGAAGACUUUAUUAAAGGUCUGAUUCCUGUAGAGAGGGCCGUAUUUGUUGGCUUCUUUUUGAUUGCUGUCAUCACCUGCGGCAUCUUUAUUGAACUGUGGGUGUACCUGCACAAGAAUAUCAGCUGCCAGAUCAUCAAGGAUAAGACACUGAUGGUACUUGGCCUUUUCCCGGUCAUCUCUAUUGCAUGUCAGCUGGGCACCACUGUUCCCCGGGCAGCUACUUUGGUUGAUCUCGUAAUUGCUGUUUACACAGGAAUUUCCCUGUUUGGUUUCUUCCAUCUGACUGUUGCCUACCUGGGGGGCCAAAAUGAGCUUCUUGAUAAGCUGCAGUUCCUUGAAACGCCUAUGAGUGUUGGUCCAUGCUGUUGUUGUUGCCUGUGUCUACCAAAGUUGAAAAUUACCAAAAAAGUCUACACCGUUCUGAGAGUAUCAAUCUCCCAAACCAUGAUUCUGCUGCCAGUUCUGCAGUUUAUCAAUGCUGUCCUGUGGGCGGAUGGGAAAUACUACAAGGAAGCGCUUAAUGUCCAUAACCCUCUUUUCUACAUUGGGAUCUUGAUGACCAUCUCCACCCUCACGUCUCUGUAUGUGUUUAACUUGUUGAUGAGGGGUUCCUUCCAGAUUGCAGAACGUACCUUAAACUUGGUGCCAAAAUAUGCCAUGAUUAUCCUCUGCAUGGUCAUCACUACUUUACAGCCUCUCAUCAUCGAGACUCUCACUGGUUAUAAUGUAAUUCCCUGCUGGAGUUCCUUCUACUGGGAAGGAAGAGCUUCAGAAAUUGACCAUAUGCUGAAAAUACUGGAGAUGUUUAUUCUCAUGCUGGUUUCUCGAUGGUAUUACAGAAAACCCACCCCUGUAUUGCCCAUGAGCUUUGAAAACUCACUACAGGAGACCCCCUGCAUGGCAGAAUGAACUGAAGAUUUCUUUUGGCAUCCUCAUGUUGCGACAUUUUCUUCUCCAAGAAGUAUUUGCUGACCUCCAUUUCAUAAGUCAAGGAUCCAGAUCCUAGCUUAUAAAAAAAAUCCUUCCAAGUGUGAUGGAGGAGUCUGCAUUUUCACAGUCCUUUAAAACCGUAAUCCUCCCAAAUCUGAUUAAUGCUAUUUAUUUAAGGCUGUGAGGCCUCCGUUCUUAAUAAGAGGUCAAAGAGGCUUCAGAGAAUGGAAAACAGGAGAUCACCUUGCUUGAGGUUCAUCUCUAUAACUGGGAAUGUGAGGCGAUGAUCCUGCUGAGGCCUUAACAACACCUCAGUACACAUCAUAUCCUUUUAAACAAGUCAGCUGCUGGAUGUGUGCAGUUGUGGCUUAUUGAUCUUGGAGGACCGGGGUUCUGAAAAUGCAUUAAAGUAUAGAAUGGUAGACAAACAGAGCCAUGCAGCCUGGCAGGAAGACUUUGACUAAUGUGAUUUUAGAUAAUAAUUUUAGCUGCAGACGGUGGUGCUUCCGCCCUUUCAUAAACCCCGACCCUGAACAUCUUUUAAAUCUCAUCAUUUUGACAAGGACUGUUUCCAAGUGACUGAGAACUUCAGCAAGCUCAAUACAAGCCCCAUAGUUGUUGUUUUUUUGUUUAUUGUUAGAUAUGUGA